AGAGCCGUACGUAACUGGCGUCGGAAAGCUUCUGGUCGUGAACCGCCGUGUGGCUUCCCUCGCACCAUACAAAAACAAACCAAAGAGCGGCCCUUUGUUUUUUCUUCUUUCCAAUACCUCUUCUUCUUCUUUGUUGUUGUCUCACAAAGAGUUUCCAUUUAUUUAGUUAUCAUUUUUUUUCUUUGAAUCUAGUCGAGACUCCUCCCUGUCUCCUAGAACGUGAGAGAACGCGCCAGUGAUGGCUUGAAGCAGAAACGCUCGUACAUUUCGUAUGCACCUGUUACGCACGCAGUAAACAGCAAGGACAAGUAUUAUUCGUGUACAGAGCAUAUAGUACCGAGUUUUGAAGCACAGAAACAUUCGUCUGAAGUUUAAAAAAGAAAUCCUGAAAAGGAAAAGGAGCAAUAACCAGCAACGACAAAAACUGUUUUCCGAGCGACGAAUAGAACGAGAGAAAAAAAAAAUAUAUAAAGAGAUACCUUAACAGUUGAGCGCGAAACUACAUAGCCCGUAGCCACCUGCCAGCCACCCCCUUCCCUUCCUUUGGUUUUUUUUUCCUUGUUUCUGUCGUAUUCUGACAAACGUGAAGGAGCGUAUACUCUGUCUUUUCGAAGUAAAAGUUUAGCUCUUUUGUUUUUUGUUGGUCCUCUUUGUCUCGUCUUUUCUUCUGUCUUCCCCCCUCCUGUUCCACUUCACCUACGCACGUGCGCACGCUCUCCCGCCUCCGGCCUCCCUCCUUCGAAGUCAUGCCAGUAGAGGUAGCCAACGGCGAGGAUGUGGACUUCUCGGAGUACUGCAUCCUGCAGAGCAAUGACCACCCGCCUGUAGAGUUCAAGGUGUCCCGCGAAUCUGCGAAGAUGUCGGGCCUGCUGAAGGACAUGCUGGAUGACCAGGAAGGCAAUGAGGCGAUCAUCCCCAUCCCGAACGUGUCCGGCCAGACCCUGCGUCUCGUGCUGGAGUACAUGGAGUACCACUGCGGCAACCCGGCCCAGCCCAUCGAAAAGCCCCUCAAGACCACCAUCGACUCGCUGGUCUGCGACUGGGACAGCAAUUUUCUCUUCAACCAACUCCUAAAGAACCACGAUGAGAAGCAGCACGAGGUGCUCAUCGACGUCAUCAUGGCGGCGAACUUCCUCAACGUGCGCGACCUGCUGGAUCUGACCUGCGCCUGUGUAGCCAGUAUGAUCCGCGGCAAAACAGCCGAGCAAAUCCGCGUGCUCUUCAACAUCGAGAACGACUUUACUCCCGAGGAGGAGGAGAAGAUCCGUGAAGAGAACCGCUGGUGUGAGGAGUCGUAG